GUUGUCUGUUAACGAAACUGUACCGUCGAGGCAGAUUUUAAAAGUGAUCUCACAUUUGUUGGUAAAGAUCUGAGGACGGGUUCUACACAUUACCCGCCUAUUUUGGGCUUAUUAUCUUAAGCAAAUAAAUAAAGCGAGGCUGUCUGAGCAGCGUAGCUAGCCCGGUGCAGGCUAGUGAAUGCGUCUCUGUGGUAGCUCCAGGUUAGCUCGAUAGCUAGCUGAGCAGCGACAACACUCUUUUAAAAGCCAGGAGGAGGAAUGAACCAUAAGAGUAAGAAGAGGAUUAAAGAGGCGAAACGGAGCGCCAGACCCGAACUGAAAGACUCAUUAGACUGGACUAAACACGGUUAUCAUGAGACUUUCGACCUGUCGCACCUCACCGUAAAGGACAGCGUUGAGCGUGUGGACGCCCUCCGAGUCACCCCUGAAGAGUUCAUCCAGCGCUUCGAGCGGCCCUACAAGCCUGUCGUCCUGCUGAACUGCCAGGAGACCUGGCCCGCUCGGGAAAAAUGGACUCUGGAACGCCUCAAACGCAAAUAUCGAAACCAGAAGUUCAAGUGCGGGGAGGACAACGACGGAUACUCCGUGAAGAUGAAGAUGAAGUACUACAUGGAGUACCUGGAGAGCACCAGGGACGACAGCCCGCUCUACAUCUUCGACAGCAGCUACGGGGAACACGCUAAGCGGCGAAAGCUGCUGGAGGACUACGAGGUGCCCGUCUUCUUCAGGGACGACCUGUUCCAGUUUGCAGGAGAGAAGCGCCGACCGCCGUACAGAUGGUUUGUAAUGGGUCCGGCCCGAUCCGGCACCGGCAUCCACAUCGACCCGCUGGGCACCAGCGCCUGGAACGCCCUGGUUCAAGGGCACAAGAGGUGGUGUCUGUUCCCCACCAACACGCCCCGCGAGCUGAUCAAGGUGACCAGAGAGGAGGGAGGAAACCAGCAGGACGAGGCAAUCACCUGGUUCAACGUGGUUUAUCCCCGAACUCAGCAGCCGAACUGGCCUCCAGAGUUCACGCCACUGGAGAUCCUCCAAAAACCUGGGGAGACGGUUUUUGUGCCUGGCGGGUGGUGGCACGUGGUUCUCAACCUGGACACGACAAUCGCCGUCACUCAGAACUUUGCCAGCUCGACCAACUUCCCCAUCGUGUGGCACAAAACUGUCCGGGGACGACCCAAACUCUCCAGGAAGUGGUACCGUAUCUUGAAGCAGGAGAGGCCGGACCUGGCGGCGCUGGCAGACAAAGUGGACCUGCAGGAGUCGACAGGCAUCGCGUCGGACAGCUCCAGUGACUCUUCAUCAUCGUCGUCCUCCAGCUCGUCCGACUCUGAUGCGGAGUCGGGCUCCGAGGGCGACGCCAUGUCCCAUCGCAGGAAGAAGAGGCGGACCUGCGGCGUGACGGCCAACGGGGACACCAGCAGCCAGGACGACUGCGUCAGCAAAGAGAGGAGCUCGUCGCGGUGACCUCCCGCCUCCGUCCAGCCCCCGCCCACCUCCCGGCGGCGACUCCUCACCAACACUGAAACAGCUGCUUGUAGUCUAGUUUAGGUUGAAGCGAGUUGCAAGUUAAGGAGGAUCUGAUGGGGGUGCGUGGGCCAGCCGGAGACCUGCCACCACUGUGCUUUUCAACACCAAUCGAUACGUUUGUCUCUGUAGCUCCUGCAGCGGGAGGACAUGAAGGGGAGGACGAAGGGCGGCUCUGGGAACUUUAAAAAGCUGCUUUCUGAUGUGACCCUGCUGGGAAACGGCUCUUAAAGGUCGUUAGAAGAGGUGAAAGGUGUAGUUUAAGGUGUUUAAAAUGUGUUCCCAGAUCUGGACAGGAUAACCAGCUCUAGCGGCCACAUUUCUGUGCAGUCGCAUAUAUAAAACUAACACUCGGGGCCUCUCGUUUCACAGCGGUGUCGCCUCUUAAAGGCGAGCUCGCACCAGAACAGCAAAAUUCAUGCACGUGUCCUCACAAAAUACUAAAGCUUUGCAGCGCAGUAACUCCUCACAGGGCGUGUUGGUGAGCCUGUAAGCUAACGGCGUCCCUCUUAGCGUGUUAAUGUUUCCCUGCACGCUGUCGUUUCCUGCCGGUUUUACACGUCCUGCUGUGAAACUAGAGGCUCCGUCUUUAGGAGUCCUGACCCUCGAAAUGAAAAGUCACCCCGCAAGUCGGUUGUUUUCCCCUGAAAUAGUUGGAAGUGGCGUCGUCUCUUCUGCCUGCUUUGGUGAUUUAACUGUAACGUGUAAACGGGCCUUAAGGAAAUUAAACAGUUAAAGGCAGCGGCAUUUCAGACAGGCGUGUUACUGUUGCAGGAGGGACAAACUGCGUCCGUAGAGUUUGAGUUCUCAGGUGGAGGAGGAGGAAGUUUCAGCAGCGAGGUCGCCAACGUUUCUGCCAUUUUGAUGUCGUGCCUGCUUCGUGCCAUGUGCUGCAGCCGAGGCGCUGUGAGCUUCUAAAUGUGUUGUUUUUUUUUUAGAGUAAAUGACAGUAGAGGGCACUACAUUGACCAGAAUGCACUGCUGCAGUUAUAUUAGCGUUUCUUCAGGUUCUGGUUGAAUAAACAGCUUUGUGUCGGACGAGGAGGCAUCAAAUGGAGACUGCAGCUGGUUAAUAUCAUCAUUGAUUAAAACAAUAGAUGUUUUAGGAACUUUAAAAGCAAACAUGGCAACAAAAAAAAAGUGUCUCAAGCUUUUCAAAUGUGGCUGUUUUUGUGGUUUUCUUAAUCUUCUGACAGUUAACUGAAUAUCUUUGUGUUUUGGACUUUUGGUCGAACAAAACAAGACGUUUGAAGACGACCUCUCGCGCUUUUGGGAACUUGUGACGGUCAUUUCUGUACAGCUUGCUGACGUUUUCAAGACUGGUGAUUCCCAACUGCACUACCAGAAGUACCUGUACUCUUAUUCCCGGGAGGUAAUGUGGAGAGAGGAAAAUUAAGUAACCUCCAACCCCAACCUGAGAGAGCUGUAGCACCUGAACACCACCGGCUGAGAGCCACAGAGCAUGAAGUCGAGCUAUGACCUGAAGAGGAGGUUAAAUAAACAGCUGAAAAACUUAAGACACAAAACCUCAACACAGAGAGAAGAAUAUAUUUUAAUAAUUAUUAAAUGUUAAAAAACGUCCAGUUUAGAAUCAGUUCAGUAAAACUCAUUUGAAGCACCUUUACAAACAAACAAUCCAGAAAAUAAUUAAUAAUUAUGAUAAGUUGCAACCUUGCUGCCGAUUGUUCCAGAUGGCAUCAGAAAACCUUUUGCUCUGCAGACCGACCAACAGUCCAAAACCCCAAAAUAAUCAGUCGACUGAGAAUUAAAACUGAGGAAAACUCGUCACUUUGGAGAAGCUGGAACCAUCAAACAUUUGGCUUAUUUUGCUUUAAGGAACAAACUUAAAUAAUGAAUCGUUGUUAAAAAGCUUUGUGCAGCUUCUCUCCAGACGAGUGUUGCUUUAGAUUAAAGUGCCUAUAAAGAAGAAACGUUUGUCGCAGGCCCGCGAGGUGCGUCAGUGUCACCGACUGCUUCUGUGUUUUUAUCCGUUGUUUUAAGUCGUGCGAAGGCGCUGCGCUGGUCUCUGAGGUCGGUCACGCGGUGCCUUUCGGUGACGGUCCGUCUCUGCUCGAAGGUUUUCCCUCCCCGCGUCACGAGCGCUGAUCUGGGAUGAGCUUUUAGGAUGGAGACAGAUCCGCGUGUGAUCAGUUUCACUUUGUUUGAUCAAUAAAAACCUUUUCUAUGAAUCAAAACA